AUGGCUUCCCCAUCUCCAUCUGCGAUUACAGCUAAUGCCAAUACUUGGGUCAAACUCAAACCUCACCUCCACCACCAUUUUUCUUCUCUUGAUUUGGGUUUCUCACUCCCCUUCAACUCCAAUAAAUCCAAUGUAAACUCUGCUCUGCAAACCCCACUUCAUCUGAAUGAUAGUCAAGUGACAGUCAAACAAAGUUCGACACAUUCUAAUUUGAAUCUCUUUCAAAGACUUGCAUCCAUGGCGUUCGACAUGGCCGAGGUGGCCUUAGUCAACUCAGAACGUCAAUACCCACUUCCUAAAACCGUUGAUCCUGAUGUUCAAAUCGCCGGAAACUUUGCCCCGGUGCCGGAACAAUCCGUCACCCACCAACUUUCAGUUGCCGGGAAAAUUCCGGAAUGCAUUAACGGCGUUUACCUCCGUAACGGCGCAAACCCAAUGUUCGAGCCUCUCUCCGGCCACCACCUUUUCGACGGCGACGGAAUGGUUCACGCCGUUAGUAUAAAAAACGGCUCUGUAAGCUACGCAUGCCGGUUUACAGAAACUCAGAGAUUAAUUCAAGAAAAACUCCUCGGCCGGCCGGUUUUCCCCAAAGCUAUCGGCGAGCUCCAUGGCCAUUCCGGCCUUGGCAGGCUUCUUCUUUUCUACGCCAGAGCUCUGCUUGGUCUCGUCGAUCACAGAAACGGCACCGGAGUAGCCAAUGCCGGAUUAGUCUUCUUCAACAAUCGUCUUCUAGCUAUGUCCGAGGAUGAUCUUCCUUACCAACUUCGAAUCACUGAUACAGGCGAUCUUCAAACUGUGGGACGUUAUAAUUUCAACGAUCAACUAAAAUGCAACAUGAUUGCUCAUCCAAAGCUCGAUCCUGUGACAAACCAGCUCUUUGCUUUGAGCUACGACGUGUUGAAAAAACCCUACUUGAAAUACUUUUAUUUGCACCCUAGUGGAGAAAAAUCUCCAGACGUGGAAAUUCCUCUGGAUUUUCCCACAAUGAUUCAUGAUUUCGCCAUAACAGAGAACUUUGUUAUCAUCCCAGAUCAACAAGUUGUGUUUAAACUUAAAGAUAUGAUUAGAGGAGGUUCACCAGUGGUUUAUGAUAAAAAAAAGAAAUCAAAAUUUGGUGUACUGAAAAAAGAUGCUGUAAAUUCAUCGGAUAUUAUCUGGGUUGAAUCUCCUGAUACGUUCUGUUUCCAUCUCUGGAAUGCUUGGGAAGAACCAGAAACAGAGGAGGUAGUUGUUAUAGGAUCAUGCAUGACGCCAGCAGACUCCAUUUUCAACGAAUCCGACGAGAAGUUGCAGAGUGUCUUAUCUGAAAUUCGACUCAGUUUACGAACAGGUGAGUCAACUCGUCGUCCGAUAAUCUCGGACCCAGAUCAAAACCUAAACUUAGAAGCUGGAAUGGUGAACAGAAACCGACUGGGAAGAAAAACCCAGUACGCUUAUCUCGCCAUUGCAGAGCCAUGGCCAAAGGUUUCUGGAUUCGCCAAGGUGAAUCUCAUUACAGGAGACGUACAGAGAUUCAUUUAUGGCGAUAGAAGGUACGGAGGAGAACCAUUUUUCUUACCCAGAAACAAGAAUUGCGAAGAGGAAGAAGAUGAUGGGUAUGUUCUUACUUUGGUGCAUGAUGAGAAGACAUGGAAAUCAGAAUUACAGAUUGUAAACGCCAUGAAUUUGGAGGUAGAAGCUUCUGUUAAGUUACCUUCAAGAGUUCCUUACGGGUUUCAUGGAACUUUUGUGGAUUCAAAUCAACUUGUGAAUCAAGCAUGA